GCUCCACGUGCUGCCGUGGAGGAAGUCAUCCGUGAGUUGUUUUGGAUUUUGCUCACACCACGUGGAGAUAGUGGGUCCACAUAUGUCCACAGUUUGAGUCCAGUUUCGGUGACACUCAGUGAACAGUCCUCUCGUGUUCGUCCGUGGAUCCGUUCGACAUGUCAGCCGGAAGUCAGACCACGAGGAGCCGCGACAUCCCGGCUGUCAGGCGCGUGGCCAUCCACGAUGCAGCUCACAUGCCCCAGGACUACUCCACGACCCCCGGGGGGACCCUGUUCAGCACCACGCCAGGAGGAACCAGGAUCAUCUAUGACAGGAAGUUCCUGCUCCAGUGCCGGACGUCUCCUCUGACCCGGACUCCCCCGAACCUGCCCGACAUCCCAGGAGUCACCAGGCCGCUCAAACCGGAUGCAAACCAGCGUGAAGAGAUGCCCGGCAACAACAACACUGCCACCGCCACCACCAACCACAGCCCUCAUGAAGAGGAGAGCACAGGAGACGAUGCCCAGUUUGAGAUGGACAUCUGAAGAACUGCCGCUAGGGAUGAAAAGAACUCCUCACAUUUUCACUGCUGGUUGUUUACGUAGUCGUACUAAACUGUAACUGUUCAGAGAUGUGAAAAACAGUAUUUUUUAAUACUGUCAAAUCUUAGUUAAAAUGCAGCACUAAUUGAUGCAUAAUUUGUCUUCCCUUGGAUGGACAUGUGGACAUGUUCAGCAAGUCUUCAUCAAACCAAGCCAUUAUUAUUUUUUAAAUAAUUUCUUAUUUUUACUCAAAUAAAAUAUAAAUACUGUGAUAUUUAUAGUUUUAAACACAAAGAAAUAACAGUAUUUUGGACUGUUUUGUGUCAUUAGAGGGUGUUUUUUUUGUCCGUCUUUACUUGCCUAUCUUUGGUGGGAUGGUUUUGUGUUGGUUUGUUUGAUGAUGUAAAGCAAUAAUUUAGCAAUAAUCUGUUUUAACUUGUGCAACAGUUUUGUAAGGACUAAUUAUAACCACAAUUAACUUCUACUUUUAGUGGAUAUGUUUCCUUUCUGACUUACUGGACUUUACUGUUUGCAACUUGAAUAAAAACACUAUCUUGUAA